CUGAUUCUUACUAUGUAUAAACAAGUUGACAAGAAAGUCAAGCCUGUUUCUGGCACUUUUCCUCAAGACGCACAAGUCUUGAGACGAUUUCCAUACAAUCCACUAGAAACUAUGAUUCCCUUGACACCCCAUCCACCCAACUUCAUCCCAGAUGGAAGACUUACUAUUGAACAUAUAGAAAGUUUUAAUUUCAAUACUACCAGAUUUCUUUGGCCUGAAGAG